AUGUUUAAAGGUGGCCUGCGCCUUUGGUCGAAGCCAUCCUUUGUAGUUCGCAACCGGCCGCCCUAUAGUGCAUAUAAAUUUAACAGCAUCUCGCAGAGAACUGUGGGAUCCACACAAGCUCAUUUGAGCUACUGCCGUGUACUGUGGAAACCCAAACAACAGUUGGAAGAGCUAUCCAAGAACACAGACUUUCUACAUACGCAAAAUAUUCUUUUGCAGAAGAACCAACAACGGCUAAGCAAACAAAAACUGCUCUCGGAAGCUACAAAUUUCUACGAGCGAUUCAAGAUCAAAACCAAAUGGGUGUUGAUUCGCGGCAAUCGUCCAUUUAGUACAGACGAACUCAGCACGUUGUUCUCAUGGUUAGUAAUUUCACAGAUCUUGUGGAUUGUCCUGGGCACAACUACCUUUGUGUCUUUGGUUCUGUUUACUUUCAAUACUGUUUUCGCUAAGGAAAUGGUCGGACAAGUAGUUGGGCGUCUACUCAAUGGCUAUAUUGACGGAGUUGAUGUUCGUUUUCAAGACGCCUUAGUACCGGAGUGGAAGCGUGGUUGCAUUAGCUUCAAGCAAGUCGAGUUGAGAAGCACCGAAAGUAAGGUAACCAGCGACACGGAGAUUCAAUCUCCUCCUGAUAUUGAUUUUACCCUAAAAUUCAAUCAGAUAGAUAUAACGCUGUCCUUCACCAAGUGGUUUCGCGGCCACGGACUCAUAAACGAUCUAGCUGUUUAUGGGAUGAAGGGAGAUGUCACACUAGCUAGAGACCAAAAUCACAAAAAACUAGUUGCUUGGUUCUCAAAUCAACGCUACCAUUUGAGCCGUGUCAAAAUUCGAGAUUCAUGCAUCAACGUUCAGGACCAGAGCCUGAAUCAACAAUACCGAAUUUCACUAUACAACAUGGACUUGCCUCAGCUUAGAUUCAAGUGGAUGUUGAUAGAUUUUUUCAAUGCUAACGUCGUGACCGGCGCUCUCAAUCAUUCGCUAUUCAGCAUACACAAAAGGCAGCACAAACUAGCAUACUUGCAAGAUUUCGAACAUGACUUAUCUCCUUGGAAACGAAUCACACGAUUGAGGUUGGAUGAGAUAUGUAUUAAAGAUUUAGGUCUUGACAAGAGCAACGCUUUCAGCUGGGUGGAAGAUGGCCAAGUUGAAAUAAUCGCAGAUUUGAUGUUGCCCGAAAUUCCUGAAAAUGAGGAUUCGAACGCGGAAGACGAAAACAAAUAUAUUGUCCUAGACCUCAAGUUCAAAUUCAAAGAUCUAAUGGCACGAUAUCCAUUAGAAGAGCCCAAAUUGGCCAAUGGUGAUGCAAUCGCCACAUUAGAGGAAUUGAGACCCUUGAUAGCUUUUGUUAACACUCAAAGAGGGCUAUUUCAUUCUUUUAUGAAUAUACAAAAUUCGAACGCAACGUGGAAUAAUAUUUCCAACGUUGCCAUUAAGAAAAACAGAUCCUACCCCGAUACUACAGUCAUUCCAUCUAACGUGAAGUGGCCGGAAUUUGAAGAUUCCGAUCGCUCAGGCCAAGAAAUUAUAAAAUACCACGAUCAACCUAAGCACAAUAAUAAUGAAAUAGUGCUGAGAUCAAGGAUUGUAAAAAACGUUGAAGACUUAAAAGGAUUGGCACUUUUUAGAGAAACAGGAAUUUAUGAUACUCUGAGCAUGGAGAUAUAUGUGGAUCUAAUGAGAAUGGUUGAAGAGUGGGAGCACAAAAAAAAAAGUGAUUGGAUCAAAGUAUGGGGCACCACGGUUGCUUCGCAGCUGAUGAUCUUGGGACUGGGAGCGAUGGUUUAA